CACACAUUUCUUAAUCACGCCCUCCAAGCCAACAAACGCAACAUAGAUGGAACGAUUUAAUAUAUUACAGUGCUCGGCACUCUAGUAUUCCAAUUCGCCUCUUGUCUACUAUUGAUAACAUUCAGGCUUUCCCCGCUCCGCCCGCCGUUCCACAGCGUUGAUAAUGCCUCUUCCACCAGGCGCAAUGCAAGUGACAGUAGUGGGUAUUGUCUCAGGCAGUCUUUCGCUUAUUUUCAUUGGCUUGAGAUUAUGGUCGAGAUAUAUUUUACAAGCCACACUUGCUUUUAAUGACUAUAUGGCAAUUACAGCAAUGAUUGUCACUGCUGGUAUGAUCUCUUCUUAUAUUCUAGCUAGCUUCAUUGGUGGCCUCGGAUACCACGUCGAAGAACUUUUAAUGACAACUCCCCUAUUCUAUGCUCACUUCUUGAAGUUAUUCGUAGCUGGAGAGCUACUCUGGGCAGCAGCAAAUUCAAGUGUCAAGUUUUCAAUUCUCUCCCUUUAUACAUCUAUAUUCCCUAAUCAGAAAUUUGUUUACAUCUGUUAUGUAACUAUGGUCAUCAAUAUGGUUUACCUGGUCACCGUAAUCUUGGAGACAUUUCUUCUGUGCAAACCAGUUCGGUACACCUGGGACAAAAGUAUUCAAGAUGGAAAAUGUACAGGGCAAGAUAUCGCAUAUAUCGUUGCUGGUAUCACCAACCUCGCUCUUGAUGUUUUUGUAGUAUUGUUGCCAAUGCCAAUGCUACUUCGCUUACAUAUGUCGUUGGCAAAGAAAUUAGUAGUCAUCACAAUGUUCAGUGUUGGCGCGGUUAUUUGGGUUUUCUCUUUAUUGCGCGUCAUCUGGCUAUUCGAAUUUGACUUAGGUGAUAUAACGUAUUCCAGCCCCACGGGCGUUAUUUACGCGAUCUUGGAGCCAGCUCUUGGAGUUAUCAAUGCAUGCGUCCCAACUAUCAAGCCUGCUGUAAAUAGGGUUACUAGUCUUUGCCAAAAUUGGCGGAAUAGGAAAGAAGUUAGUACUGUGACCACAUCCGGCCCACCAUCAAAUGAGCAGAACGCUUACCGUACAACAUACGAUGGCUUCAGUGUUAGUUACUUACCUAUCGAAAACUCGAUCUCCUCACACAGUACUCAUGAGAUACAUUGUUCUGGUAGAAGUUUGGGGACUGGAGAUGGUAUUACUGUUACUCGACAGUGGGAAGUAACUGUGGGAAGUUAAUCACACCCAUGAGGAAGAGGAGUAAAUAAAGGCUGAAGCAGCUGGAAAUAUUCUAAAUAUAUGGAGUCAUUGAAAUGGUGUUUUUAAUACUUGACUAGUAAAAUUAUUUUUCCCCCACAGUUUUGAUGUUUUGAACAAUGGUUCACUGUUACUAAUUGUACAGAUUUAGAUAGUUAGAGGACUGGCAUAUGUCAGUCAAGGAUAUCAAGUGUGUAUAUACACCUAAUA